AUGAAUAGCUUUUAGCGGUAGGAAUGUAGGAGAACAUCAGAUUUGAAAAUUAAUUUUUAGUGCAUAGAAGAAUAUGAUUAAAUUAUUUUUGUAUUUAAAUAAUCUUCGAUAAAUAUUUAGCUAGAAAAAUAUAGAUUUUUAGAUGAAUUUUUUAUGCUCUAAAAAACCGGCCGAUGGCCUCUUCUUUUAUCAUUACAACAAUAAAUAAGAGGUCAUAGGAAUAUUCCUUUUUACAACAAUAAAUAACGACUUUGAUUUUCCCAAGUCUUGAAUGAAAAAUCCUCGAGUCAAAAUUAUAGACUGCACCCCGAGAUAUAACUGUGUAUAUCAAGUGAAGGCAACUGUGGAUGUCGUGUUUCUCCAAACUUACGCAAUCCCGGCUACGGAGGGCGUAUGAAGAAUGAGGAAAUACGAGCAACCUGGUUUGGCGGGCGUUCCCCUCUCCCCGAGAUGAGCGGUUAGACUUGUUGUUUACUAAAUUGACCUCGACUCUCCGGCAAUCCGAUGCCGCCAACAGCAUUAAAGACGACGACGAUGAAGCAAUCUCCUCUCUCGCUGCCUCCCUCAAUUCCGGCGAUUAGCGCACGGGGUUUUGAACGCUCUGAUGUGCUUCAAAACCCCCGAGGUGUGUACCCCACAGAUCGACUGCCUGGUUCGCGCCAUCAUAUCUGUGCUCUCUCCGUCCAUCCCUUGCAAGAUCUUGCUGUCCGAGCAAAGGGGUGGCGCGGAGUUGCUGAGGGUUGGAAGUUCGAUCUUCUCCAGAGAUUGCUACGACCUGAUUCGAGUCUGCGGUGAUGUUAUCGAGAUAUUGGAGAGUCAUGGCGUUUAUGAAGAAAAUGAAGGAAUACUUUGUGAUAGAAGAACUGCAAUUUCAAAGCCGAUGUGCUUCUUGCCUAAAGAAAGACCUUCCAGUAGUCAUGAAAUUGCAAUGAGAAAUAUUACAUGAAGCCAUUCAAAGACAAUUUCUUUGCUGGUGGAAAGAAUUGCAUGAUCGGACGGCUUGUGUAAGAUAAUUAUAUGCUUCGUAACUUCUCCAACUAUCUUUAUAGAGACAAGGGCACUAUUGCCUAGUUGGUAUCUUUUGAUGUGAAUUCCAUUUUUUUCAGAAGGUUGGUAUUCACCUGUCUUCCAUUAAUGCUGGAAGGUAUAGGGUAUUGUAUUGCAUAGCAAGAUCGUUUCUUUCUCUUUCUUUUGUUUCUGUUUCUUACCUUAAGAAGUUGACUGACUAUGAGAUUUCUUAUUCUGUUUGCAUUUUGUUCUCA